CUUAACUUAGAGGGCGUAGAUAACCAAAAGCACGCUUUCAAGUAUCCCCAGAGACAAAGCUGGUUUUAGCCACCAGCCUUCGUCUAUAUAACACUGACUUCAUACCUACCUUUCGUGCACCAUCAACCGCCCAGCCUACUCGCAAAAAUAGCAUCAAUACGAACAAGAAAACAUCCAUCCUCCCUCUUCUACCAUCAAAUCACUACAUAACCGCAGGCUUUCACCCUUGCCAUGUCGUCAAUCUGGCUUAUCACUGGCGCGAAUCGAGGGAUCGGCAAAGGAAUUCUCUCCCAAGUCCUUUCCCGACCCAACACAACCGUUAUCGCCGCUCUCCGAGACAUUUCUGACUCGACUGCGACAGAACUUGCUGAAGUCCCUGUUGCUAGUGGAAGCAAACUCAUCGUUGUCAAGGUCGAUGCAAGCUCCGAUACCGAUGCUCAAGAUGCUGUGGAAUCACUCCAGUCACAGCAUGGUAUCAGCCAUAUCGAUGUCGUCCUGGCCAAUUCCGGUAUUCUCACGCAGUGGGGCCCGGUCUCUGAGGUGACGCCGGAAGACCUGCGAAAGCAUUUCGAGGUUAACACCAUCGCUCCGAUCAAGCUCUUCCAGGCCACGAAAUCCCUUUUAGAGAAGUCGGAGAACCCCCGCUUCUUUAUCACCUCAUCAACUAUCGCCAGUAUCGGCCUCAUGGACACUAUUCCUAUGCCGACUAUCGCCUACGGCCUCACUAAGGCGGCCGCCAACUACGCCACGUCCAAGAUCCAUUUUGAGAAUCCAAAGAUCAGCGCGGUUGCUCUGCAUCCGGGCUGGGUCCAGACACGCAUGGGUGAGCAUGCGGCUGACAUGGCGGGUUUGGCAGAGAUUCCGGUUACUAUUCAAGAUAGUGCCUCUGGUUUAAUAAAACAGAUUGACCAAACUACAAAGGAGACCCUGUCCGGCAAGUUUGUGGGCUUUGAUGGCAACCCUGUUCCUUGGUAGAGAAUGCAUAGAGCCUUGGAAUAUAGCGUAGAUGUCAUAGUUUGCGUCUCGCCGAG